UGUCAGCUGGAGGAAAAAAAAGUUAUUCAACCCAAACACAUGAUAAGUGCACUGGAAUAAAAUGAGAAUUCCUCUUAUCUACUAGGACAGAGAACAGACAGCCCCUUUUAUAUCCAGGAUUCAGAUCAUUCUCCAUUCUACGAAAAAAAAAUGUGCUAGACGUCUGAUUAUAAAAAGUUUACUGCCAAAACUGACGAAGCCUUGUGAUGAGACCUUCAGGGCAGAGGCGGUGAGCUCAAUGGCGAGCUGAGGGGUCGCGGCGCACGCGAUUACUGUUUUAAUUAAUCGGAAGUUCGACGUCUUCAGCAAGCCUUGAGCUGCACUUAGCUCCUCCGAAAGCCGCCUUGGAGCUCGGAGGGGCAGGGGGAAGGGGCCGCGUCUCCUCGGCUGCGCGGGGCGCGGGGCGGGCCCCGGCGGCGGGCGCUAUAAAGCGGCGGUGUGCCGGGGCGGGCGGGCAGGUUCCAGCGGGCGGAGGAGCGCUCGGGCUCGCUGCCGCAGCGGGUCCGGCCGUGCCGGCAUGGUGGAUGUGUUCAGCGGGCGGCUCCUGGUCAGCAAGGAUGGCCGCAGCGUGGACCCCGAGGAGGCCCUGCAGAACAAGGUCGUGGGCUUGUACUUCUCCGCCGGCUGGUGCUCGCCGUGCCGCGACUUCACUCCCGUCCUCUGCGACUUCUACACGGAGCUGCUGGAGGAGACCGAGCCCCCCGCCCCCUUCGAGGUGGUCUUCAUCUCCUCCGACCACAGCGCCGAGGAGAUGGUGGGCUACAUGCGCGCCAUGCACGGGGACUGGCUGGCGCUGCCCUUCCACGACCCCUACAAGCAUGAUCUGAAGAAGAAAUACAACAUAACAGCAAUUCCUAAACUGGUGAUUGUGAAACAAACUGGAGAAGUCAUUACUGACAAGGGAAGAAAGCAGAUCAGAGACAAAGGGCUAUCCUGUUUCCGGAACUGGCUGGAGGGUGCAGAUAUCUUUCAGAAUUUUUCUAGCUAAAAUGUUGACAAAUAAAAGCAAGAACAGGCAUUGUGGAAAACUUGGUAGAGCUCUGAAAAGACUCUUGCUUUGUUCAGAAUGAGAAGGGUAAGGCUUAUUUAUUUAUUUUUGCUCAUAAACAAAUCUUGGGUUUGACUUGAAGACCAGUUAUUUAAGUGUCAUAAAAUGCAAUUAUUGUUAUAUUUGUAUUGUUCUAUCUAUGGUAUUUAUUAUGAACCACAGCAUUCUAAAUAAUACUGAAGAACUUCAAAAGAAUAGUCUGUUUAGACAGUAGUAGUAGAAAUCUGUGAAAUCUAUGCAAACAAUUUGCAAAGUCAGCACAGUAAACGUGAAAAACCUAUUUAUUGAUGACUUUUUUCAGGUGAUUAGCACAUUUUAUUUAGAAAAUAAGAUGGUUUGAUUUAAUAAAUUACUGUU